UCAAUAUACCAAUGGUUACGCAAUCUACAACAAACCAGCACAUCUUCAAGAAUCAAGCUACCCAUUUCCUCCAUCGGCACCGCCAUGGAAGCCAUAGCAGCAAUCAACUCUCAGCUCACAUUAGCUCCAAAAUGGCCUGAAAUCAGACCUCAAACCCUCAAUUUUCAUUCUUACACUACCCUAAUUUCCCGGAACAAGACAACUCCCCUAAUUCUCGCCCAUUGCACCCAAAACCCUAACGCCGAUAAACAGAGCCCCGUCGACGGCCAUUGCCGGAGCUCCGAUUCCCCCAAAAAUCCCCAACUACAAUCGCAACCAAUUUCCCCCAAUUUAUCGUCUACAACGGGACUGGUCUUCGAUUUAGGCGCCGGCGAUUCCUGGGACAAUCUGGAAAUCGGUUCUCCGGUGGUGAAACGCUUCCUCAGCGACGACGAAGAGCGGUGGUGCAUGUGGUACCACGGCAGGUCUCGCGAGAAUCCGGCGUUCGAUUCGAUCGGACUGGCGGUUUCCGGCAACGGAAUCCACUGGGAAAGAGGCGGACAAGGUGUUCGACGAAAUGCCGAUGUAGGAUUAGUUAUGAGCAGAAGUGACAACUGGUGGGCGUUCGAUACUCACGGCGUUAGGCCGUCGGAAGUUAUGGUAAUGUCGAGCAACAAAGUCCGGUCAGUCGCCGGCGUUUACUGGAUGUACUACACCGGCUAUUUUCCGGCGAGUGUCGAUGAUUCCGGCGACCGUUCUGGCUUAAAUUUUUGCAAUCCCGAUAUGGCAUUGCCCGGCGACGCCAAUUCCGACAUGCUCAAUUCGUUGCCGGGAUUGGCGAUAAGCCAAGACGGGCGACAUUGGGCGCGGAUCGAAGGCGAGCAUCACACGGGGGCGUUGCUCGAUGUAGGGGAUGACGGAGAAUGGGACUCGUUGUUCCUCGCCUCGCCGCAAGUGAUUUUUCACGGUGCUGGCGAUUUAAGAAUGUACUACCAUGCAUACGACGCCGAGAACGGCGAAUUUGCGAUCGGUUUGGCACGGUCGAGAGACGGUAUGAGAUGGUUGAAGCUGGGGAAGGUCCUCGGCGCCGGCGGGAAAGGAGCGUUCGACGAGCGCGGGGCGAUGAAUCCGCGGGUGGUAAGAAAUCGAGAAAAUGGCGAGUACGUAAUGGUUUACGAAGGGGUCGGGGUGGACGGGAGACGAGCAAUUGGGAUGGCUGCGUCGGCGGAUGGGUUGAAGGGGUGGCGACGAGCGCCGGAGGGGCCAGUUUUGGAGAGCUCCGGCGAUGGUGGGGGGUGGGAUUGCCGGGGGGUGGGGAUGCCAUGGUUGGUGGGGGUGGGGGUGGGGGUGGGUGGGGAGAGUGAGGAAUGGAGAUUGUACUAUAGAGGGAUUGGGGAAGAAGGAAGAACAGGAAUUGGAUUGGCGGUGUGCCAUGGGAGUGAUUUUGGGAGCUUUAGGAGAUGGACAGGAUUUCAUUUUUGAGGUAAUUUAUUUUAUUAUGCAAAAAAUUUGUUUAUUUGGAGUUUGAUUUUAGGUUAGUUUUUUAUAAAACUAUAUUUUUUUAUUUUUUAAAAAUUUUAUAUUGAUAGCGGCGGUUAUAAUGCUUAAUUUUAUAUUUGAGGAUUGUGGCGAUGGCUCUGAGGCUCAUAUCAUGUUAUAUAAUGAUUAGCGAUCAAAUAUUUAUGUUAAUAUAAUACAAAUGUAGUA